AUGCCUCGAUCUGUCCAGUCCGUCUCGCCCCCACCACGGCGGCGACGGGCCUUGCAAGAACGCAGUUCGGCGCAUACAAACGAACGAUCGCCCACUCGAUCCCUGCGGAUGGUGCGGGAUAAGGAAGAUGUGGAGAUGAAUAUAGCUGACAUGGCUGACCUGCCCAACAUGGCGGAUAUCUAUACCGCCACACCCUUCCCGACCAAACCAGAACAGAUCUUACUGCCCAUUCCUGGUAAAGGCCAGCGCAAGUAUAUCUCAGAUACCGGUUUUAGCUACACAGAGGCUUCGGGCUCCGCGACAUCCACCUGGUCGUCUCCGGUGUUCAGCCAAGGCACCGCCAGCAGCCCGCGAGACCACUCGGUGGGCGACACCUGGGAUGUAUCGUCCACCGUCGACACCGUCAAUUCGCCGCCGCAGAUGUGGGAUGAUCCCACCUCCAGCAAGUCGUCUCUGCCUGAGCUGCCGUCGGCCUCGUUGGCCAAGCCGGUCGAUUACGGGUCCGAUGACUCGGAUGCCGACUUCUCGGACGACGAGCUGAUUGUGUUGCCCACUGCCACUCCCACGAUCAAGGCCGUGGUCUCAGAACCGCCCACGUCACCAAAGUCCAUCGCAGACGAGGAUUCUGUGCUGGGCUACUCAAGCCCGAAUGUUGAGCGCAUCGGAGCGCCUUCCAGCCCGAACUUCGUGACGCUGGAUAAUUCAAGCGUCAACUUUCUUCCUCCUCGGAUCUCCCAAUCUGACUCUGAACCGCGCUCCAAUUCACUGUCCUCGUGGAAUUCGCGAGGAACUGCGGUGAGGCAUGCGGGAGCUGCGCCCUGGAUUUAUACAGUCGGCUCUUCUGAACAAUUGGGCUCCGUCUCGCCCUCCUUGCACUCCAGCCCGCCGUUGCGAUCAGUGGCAUCGUUCUGCUCAAUCACCAGACAUGCCUCGGGUAGCGACAGCCGAUCUCGCUCUGCGACCUCUUCGUCGCGUAGUCUACGUUCUGUCUCGGACAUCCAGGCGGCCAUAGAUAGUGGAGUCAACGUGCAAUUCCCGCGCAUUCGGGCUCCAUCCUCUUCCAGUUCGCGGGCCGAUACCUCUGUUUCCACUGAAAGGGAUUUCACUCCUGGUCCGGUAUCCGGUCGUUGGAACCCUCAUCUGUCCCGUGUUUCCUCUGUAUGGUCUGCCGAGGAACUGUCUGGCCUCGCUGCUACGGCUGAAGGUACACCGGCCCCAGAGAUGACCGAACCAACCGCCCCAGCUGCUGCUGCUCUCAACCAAAAGACAAGCAGAUCCACCGUCUGGCUGGUGAACGAUCCUGAUGAGGAGGAGCGGCUCGACAGCCUCACCAACCUGCCUAACCGCAAUGGCUUUCCCAGCAGUCUCUCAUCUGGCUCCAAACGCAGCAACAGUAUGCGCAGCAUCAAGCGCCCGGGUACGGGCUCCAGCACCAUGCUUCAUAUCCUCCCAACUUGGGCUAAGAUCUACUAUCGCGCGGAUGCCAUUGGCCUCAACCCAACUCUGACGAUGAUCGACGCCAGCCGGCCUUCUUCUGCCCGCCCAGGUACCGGCAACUCUAGUGUCUUUAGUCUGAUGCCAACGCCGCUUAAUAUUCCGCGACCCCGAUCUUCAGAUCGUCCUCGCUCGCCGCCAGAACUGCCUUGCUCUCUGGAGCGCCCUGAACGUGUGCGCUUCGUCCAGCGCCGAAUUGAGAGCGACCCCCUGGACCCGCGUGCCCACUGGGUUCCCGACCCGGAGCUUGAGAAUGGUGAGAUUAUUGGCACGCCACGCCACCGACUGCGACACAGCUGGUCGCCUCAUCUGUAUACCGAUCGACGGGGCAUUCCUCGCUCAACCAGUGCCUGGAUUGCACCAUCGUUGGAUUCUACGAACGAGCCUGUCUUCGGUAGACGGAACAUCCAGGUCUACUCUUUCUGCAUCGGCUUUGUUCUCCCAUUGGCGUGGAUUAUUGCCUCGUUCCUCCCGCUCCCACCUCAACCCAAGAAGCUCUCAGAGAUGAUGGAAGUUGGUGACGAUGUGGAGCUGGCCCUUGAAUCCCAAUUAUUGGGUCUUCAACAGCGGCGACAUGAUAACGCGCGGUGGUGGAGGAAUUUGAACCGUUGGAUGAUCUCCCUCGGGGUGGUGAUCAUAGUUAUUAUCAUUGUUUUAUCUGUCAUCGGUACCACGACUGGUUUCUAA